AUGUCCCGAAAGCAGGUGGCGAAGAGUCGGCCGGGCAGCGGCAGCCGGAAAGCAGAGGCUGAGCGCAAGCGGGACGAGCGAGCGGCUCGGCGGGCCCUGGCCAAGGAGCGGCGGAACCGGCCUGAACCCAGCGGCGGCGGCAGCUGCGAGGAGGAGUUUCUCAGCUUUGCCAACCAGCUGCAGGCCUUGGGGCUGAAGUUGCGGGAGGUGCCGGGGGACGGGUCUGCGAGGGCUUGUUUACUGCGCCUAAGACAACUUGAGAAUCUGUACUUGCGCACAGUGAGCCAGAGUGCUCCCCAGGCUCGCUUUGGGCUUACUUACCGGUGGACUCUUAGCGGGAUGGUGGCCAGUUUGGCAAAGCCUGGUACUUUUGCUGGCAAUGAUGCCAUUGUAGCCUUUGCAAGAAAUCAUCAGUUGAAUGUGGUGAUUCAUCAGCUGAAUGCCCCUUUGUGGCAGAUUCGUGGUACAGAUAAAAGCAACGAGAGAGAGUUACACAUCGCAUAUCGAUAUGGGGAACACUAUGACAGUGUUCGGAGGAUCAAUGACAACUCAGAAGCACCUGCACAUCUCCAGACUGAUUUCCAGAUGCUUCACCAAGAUGAAUCAAAUAAAAGAGAAAAGAUCAAGGCAAAGGGACUUGACUUUGAAGAUGACCUGAGAGAUGAAGUAGAAGACGCUGUCCAGAAAGUUUGUAAUGCAACUGGAUGUUCAGAUUUUAAUUUAAUAGUCCAGAACCUGGAGGCUGAAAAUUAUAAUAUUGAAUCCGCAAUAAUUGCCAUGCUUCAGAUGAACCAGGGGAAAAGAAAUAAUGCAGAUGAGCACCUUGAGUCCAGUGGUCGUGUUCUGAAACCGUGUGGCCCUUUAUGGGAGGAGAGUGGCAGUGGUGCCAGAAUCUUUGGAAACCAGGGCUUAAAUGAAGGCAGGAUUGAAAACAAUAAGGCACGGGUCAGCCCUACUGAAGAAAACAAAGCAAAUAAAAACCAGCUCCCAAAGACCACAAACAAACAGAGGCGAGAACAACAGCGACUGGAGAAGAAGAGGCGGCAGGAGGAGAGGCACCGUCAGAAAGCCUUGGAGAGCAGGAGUAGCCACAGGGACAACAGAAGUGACACAGAUGUGAAUACGCAGGUCACCUUGGUGAAGACCUUCGCUGCUCUCAACAUCUGA